GUCACUUUGGUCCCUGAGUUUUGCUGAGAGGCUAUACGGGUUAGGUGGAGAUGGGCAUGAAUGGAAGCAGGGAGCGAGGCAGGACAACAAGAUAUUGGCUCUGGCUGAGUUGUUGGUGGCUUGGCUAUGGGUCAGAUUGACUGCUUGCUGACAGAUUGGCUGGAUAUGAAGUUGCGACUACCAAAACCUGUUUUUAGAGACCCGAAACCCUCCAGCCGGGCGCGCCAUCGUGUGCUUUCUUUGUGUGCUUCCCGGACUCACCAAUCCCGGCCGCCAAGCCCAGGUACAAAGCGGUCCGACCGCGCCGCUCUCCUACCCCGCACGCGCUCCGGCCUCGGCUUCCCAACUCUGUUCCGUCGGGAGUUGGCAGGAUGAUUGCCUCACAUCUGCUCGCCUACUUCUUUACGGAGCUCAACCACGACCAAGUGCAGAAGGUUGACCAGUAUCUCUACCACAUGCGUCUUUCUGAUGAAACCCUUCUGGAGGUUGCUAAGCGGUUUCGCAAGGAGAUGGAGAAAGGGCUUGGAGCCACCACUCACCCCACGGCUUCAGUGAAAAUGCUGCCUACCUUUGUGAGGUCUACUCCGGAUGGGACAGAACAUGGAGAGUUCCUGGCUCUGGACCUGGGAGGGACCAACUUCCGUGUGCUUUGGGUGAGAGUAACAGACAAUGGACUCCAGAAGGUUGAGAUGGAGAACCAGAUCUAUGCCAUCCCCGAGGACAUCAUGCGAGGCAGUGGCACCCAGCUGUUUGAUCACAUUGCUGAAUGCCUGGCCAACUUCAUGGAUAAGCUACAAAUCAAAGAAAAGAAGCUCCCUUUGGGUUUUACCUUCUCAUUCCCCUGCGUCCAAACAAAACUGGAUGAGAGUUUCCUGGUCUCGUGGACCAAGGGGUUCAAGUCCAGCGGUGUGGAAGGGAAAGAUGUGGUUACUCUGAUCCGGAAGGCCAUCCAGAGGAGAGGGGACUUUGAUAUCGACAUUGUGGCUGUGGUGAAUGACACCGUUGGGACCAUGAUGACCUGUGGCUAUGACGACCAGAACUGUGAGAUUGGUCUCAUUGUGGGCACGGGCAGCAACGCUUGCUACAUGGAAGAGAUGCGCCACAUCGACACGGUGGAGGGCGAUGAGGGCCGGAUGUGUAUCAAUAUGGAGUGGGGGGCCUUUGGGGAUGACGGCGCGCUUGAUGACAUCCGUACGGAGUUUGAUCAGGAGAUCGACAUGGGCUCUCUGAACCCCGGGAAGCAACUAUUUGAGAAGAUGAUCAGUGGAAUGUACAUGGGGGAACUGGUGAGGCUUAUCCUAGUGAAGAUGGCCAAGGAGGAGCUGCUUUUUGGGGGGAAGCUCAGCCCUGAGCUUCUUGCCACAGGCCAUUUUGAGACCAAAGAUGUUUCAGAUAUUGAAGGGGAGAAGGAUGGCAUCCGGAAGGCCCGUGAGAUCCUGGUGCGGCUGGGCCUGGACCCGACACAUGAGGACUGCGUGGCCACUCAUCGGGUCUGCCAGAUCGUGUCCACACGCUCAGCCAGCCUGUGCGCUGCCACGCUGGCGGCCGUGCUGCGGCGCAUCAAGGAGAACAAGGGCGUGGACCGGCUGCGCUCGACUGUUGGGGUCGACGGCUCCGUCUACAAGAAGCACCCCCAUUUUGCCAAGCGUCUUCACAAGACCGUGCGGCGCCUGGUGCCCGACUGUGACGUCCGCUUCCUCCGCUCUGAGGAUGGCAGCGGCAAGGGGGCCGCCAUGGUGACGGCGGUGGCCUAUCGACUGGCCGACCAGCACCGGGCCCGCCAGAAGACCCUGGAGUCUCUGAAGCUGAACCGUGAGCAGCUGCUGGAGGUCAAGAGGAGGAUGAAGAUAGAGAUGGAGCGAGGUCUGAGCAAGGAGACUCACGCCAUUGCUCCUGUCAAGAUGCUGCCCACCUACGUGUGUGCCACCCCUGAUGGCACAGAGAAAGGAGACUUCCUGGCCUUGGACCUUGGGGGUACCAAUUUCCGGGUGCUGCUGGUGCGUGUCCGGAACGGGAAGCGACGCGGAGUGGAGAUGCACAACAAGAUCUACUCUAUCCCGCAGGAGGUCAUGCACGGCACGGGGGAUGAGCUCUUUGACCACAUCGUCCAGUGCAUUGCGGACUUCCUGGAGUACAUGGGCAUGAAGGGUGUGUCCCUGCCUCUAGGUUUCACUUUCUCCUUCCCCUGCCAGCAGAACAGCCUGGACGAG